GAUUUUGACAGUUGUGAAGGAUGGAUGGGGACCGGGGGCGGAGAGAGAGAGAACUCAAAAGAAAUCCUCAUUUUCUGAGUCCCUACCAGGGGCAAGCAUCUGUACAAGGAGAUGUAAUCACAAGACAACAUCGGGACGCUCAGGAAACCAAGUUGGGAAGUGAGAAGUUCACUGACGACAGUCACCAGUAAUCCCCAGUAGCCUCAGCUUUGGCCAGUAUAGAGUAGAGAUAAAGGAUCUACCCGGAUUAUUCCCUUUUGACUGAAGUAGUUCGGGCCCUGUUAAGCUUUGGGGAAAGUAGGCAGGAUCCUUGAUUUUAACGUGGAAAUGGCAGCUUUUAGAUUAUACUUGAGAUUGCCUCCAAGGAUCCUUGAUUUAGAGUGGAAGGGACCUUGGAGGUCUAGUCCAACCCCCUCAUUUUCUCGAGUAGGAAACUGAGGCCCAGGAAGGGGAAGGGAUGAAGAGGUGCAGCUGGCACUUGAAGGAUCACAGGCCUCUCCCAAAUCAGCCCUUUUUUCCAUUGUGUAAAUGGUUCCUUAUUUCUGGAGAAUCGUUCCUUUGGGCCACUCAUCUUGCUCCUCCUGUGUCUUAUGAUUUUCUUCUCCUCAAGUUGAGUCCAUCAAUCAUCCCACUGGGCCUGAACCUGGAAAUAGGGACAAUUUCUCCAGGGCCUUCUAAAGCAGAACCUGCUUCUCCAUAGUGGUUGUUUACUCAUUUCCUCUUCUGGUUCUUACAUCACUUAUCCCCCAAAGACUCCCUCCCUCUUAUCCUCCUUUUAUUCCCUGAAGGGAAAUUAGCGGCCCCCAGGGAGCUGUAGGGAAGGAUUGGGAGGUUGCAUUUCUCUUCUCUCCCCCCCCCCCCCAACAUGCACUUCUUAAAUUUCUCCCCAUUAAGUAGCCAGAGGAAGCUUCCUGAGUGGAGUGCCAGGGUGACAAGGGUAGGAGAGGGGAUUUCUGAGACCUCACUGGUGAGUGGCUAUGAGGAGAACCUCUGUGGGUUAUGGGUCUUCUGUUCUGGGGUGACCUGGUUGGGGGCAGGAAGGAAUCUGCCUUGUUGACUGUGAGACCUUGUGUUUAUGUCCCUAUCCAAUUAAAAGCUGGUCCCUGGACUUGGCUGCCAGCAGUCAAGAAUGGGGGUUCCUUCUAGGGACCCCUCAUUGGGAUCUGGCCCAUCUGUACCCGUCCUGUAGAGUCAGUCAUCUGAAAGCUCUUUUAUUGGAGGAAUUGGGGAGGGAUCAGGACAUGGCUCCAAUCCGUCCUGACAGUGCAAUACAAAAUUCAGCUUAGUCAGCUGAGAGCUAGAACCCUUCAUCCAUCUGCGUGUCCAUCUGAGCAGAGUGGGUUCUGAGGUUCCCCCACUUCCUGAUGUGAGCUAGCUCAGGGCUCUGCUGGUCCUGAAGCAGCAGCUUCUCCUGCUGGCUCUCUCGAUUUAUCUGGACACCUCCACUUGGAGGCUGGGUUCUGCCAAGCCUUUGAGCCCCAGUGGUUCUCAUUGCAAGAGAAAUAUCUCGCCUUGGACCUCCUUUUUUGUCUGGCCAUUUUUAUCCACCAUUCUCUGGCUCUCGUGGUGAUGUUUAGAGCUUUUUGUCCACAGCUUGGGUGAACUCUGCCAUCCUUACUUAGGCUUCUUUUCUUGCCCGUAUCACAUCAGAAAUUGGGUGGCGGCCACUUCAGUAGGGACCGGCAUCCGCGCCAAGAAGGCAAGGCAGUAUUCCUGGCUGGAGCAGGGCAGAUAUUAAAAGGUAAGGACUGGCCAGUGAUCCAUAAUGUAGGGAGUGAAGGUUGGUGCUAGGAGGGCUAGUUACUAGUCAACAGUUGCCAGUGAUGAAGGAUAAAUGGAAAUGUUCUAACUAUAGUAGUGAAAGCAAGAUAGGGCAAAGAGGUCUCGAGGGUUAAAGACCGCAAGAGUCAGAAAUCCUGAUGGGUAGUCUGAGGUAACAGCUAGUACCGCUGAGUAUAGAAAACCUGUAGUGAGGCUAAUCUCCAACAGGGACCACUUGGCAUUAAACCUCCUCUCCGGCAUGUUGGCCUUGGACAAUCAGGGGGAGUGACCAGAACGGGAUGAUCUGGGUUUGAGCAGAGACAGGAGUUGCAAGUCCAGGGACUGGCAAAGUUGACCCAGCAGCUUCCAGUGUGGAGAGAGGCAUCUCCACAGAUUAGAUUCGAACAGUUGUAGAUUAGAACAGGCCUUUCACAUAGAGGGCAGACUCGGAGGCCAUUAGUUUGAAGAUGGGUACGGCUGAGUGGGAUAUUAGUGAGCGGGAGCAGAGGAAGGCAGGCCUUUGGCCUGACGUGAGCUUGGAGCCCACGGUGCCUGGGUGGCCGGAAUGAUGUGGCUGCAUAGCUUUCCUUCCCGUUCUGCACGUUGCUCUUGAUGCCGUGUCAGGAUUCCUGACUCUUGUAGAGAGCCAGACCACUGGGGUCACCAACUUAGCCUUGUAGAGGCCCCUGGUCCCCCUUCUGCCCUUCAGUGUCUGACCUCCAUCCCAUAUACUGGGCACAAGUUUGUCAUCACUGCUACAACUGCCAUCUUCCCGGGUUGUCUGGCUCCCAUUCUCCCUUCGCCAUGGGCCUGAGGCUGAGAAAUGGAGGCAGUGGUGAUCCAGACUUGGAAGGAGGCAAGUGUCACCACUCUAGGAGUUCAAAUGGGGGGGGCAGUUCUGGCCAUCUUCUGUCCGUGGGGAAUGUGUUGAGGAGGAGGAGGAAGGCAAUACCCAGUCACCUGGCCUAAAUCUGACACCCCUUCCACUUCCCUUCCCUGCCAGAAUCUCAGAUCUACCCAUUCCCUUCCCCCAGUCCUCCAUUCCUGAAUGUGUUCCAUCAGUGAGCCCAAUGUCCAGGCCCUCAUGCUCUUAACCCAUCUCCCCACAGGCUCAGUUGUCCAUGGGGGCGGUGACCCCAGACCCCCUGCCCAGAGCAAAUGGGACUCCGGUUUCUGAGUUCCUUUUGGAGGGUCUGACAGAUGAAAAGGAUCUGAAGCUGGUGCUCUUCGCCAUCUUUUUGCUGGUCUAUAUCGUGGCCGUGGCUGGAAAUCUGGGCAUCACCAGCCUCAUUAUUGUGGACCAAAGGCUCCACACGCCCAUGUAUUUCUUUCUGGCCAACCUUUCGCUUCUUGACGCCGCCUAUGUCUCCAACAGCGUCCCUCAGGUUCUGGCCCACCUGUUGGCCGCCGAGAGACUCAUGUCCUAUGGUGCCUGCCUCACCCAGAUGUUUUUUCUUCACUUUCUGGCACCUUGGGAGUGCUUCCUACUCACAGCCAUGGCCUAUGACCGCUAUGCUGCCAUAUGCCGGCCACUUCACUACCUGGUCCUCAUGGGCCCCCGGACUCGGGCAACGCUUGCCUCGAUUUCCUGCCUGCUUGCACUAACCAAUGCGCUCACCCACACGCUCCUGGCAACCAAGCUUGACUUCUGUGGGCCACGCCUGGUUACCCACUUCUUCUGUGACCUGCCCCCACUCCUGAAGCUCUCCUGUUCUAGCACACGGCUCAAUGAACUGGGCCUCUUCUUCUUUAGCUUUGUGGUGGCCCUCAUCCCCUGCGCUCUGGUUGUGGUCUCGUACGUCAACGUGGUAGCCGCCAUCCUUCGGAUCCGCUCGGCCGAGGGCCGCCACAAAGCUUUCUCCACGUGCGCCGCCCACCUGACCAUGGUCUGCAUCUUCUACAUCACCUCCGUACUUUGCUACAUCCUCCCCAGCUCCUCGUACUCGAGGACACGGAGCCGGGUCUUCGCGGUGCUUUAUACCAUCAUCACACCCAUGCUCAACCCCAUUAUCUACAGCAUGCGCAAUAAGGAAGUCAAGAGGGCAGUGUACAAGGUGCUGGGAAGAGAAGGGCCUGCUUGAAGAGGGUGGCCACCCAGAAAGGCAGAGCCAGCGGGGAGAACGGCCCACACCUGCAAUAGCGGGUGCCAUUCUGCAUUCCCUUCUGCUCAACAAAGUCCAAUCCUCCCAGCUCCCCCAUCGGUUCUAUUCCCAUUAGGCAGGCUCUCAAACAGGGUCCUAAAGUAACUUGAGGAGAGCCCCUCGAGCCAGUUCUUCUCAUUGUAAGCCCCGAGCUCUUACCAGUACAUAACGCUGCCUCUCUGAGAGGAUCUUUUAUACUUCUCUGAGAUAGGCACACCUUUAAGUUCUAUAGCUUUUUUUUGCUGAGGCAAUUGGAGUUAUGUGACUUGCCCAGGGUCACAUGGCCAGGAGGUGUUCAGCGUCUGAGGCUAGAUUUGAACUCUGUUCUCCUGAAUUCAGAGCUGGUGCCACCCAGCUGCCCCCAAGUGCUAUUACUUUUAGUUGCGUUUUUGAUCCCGACUUAGGGAACUGUGGGUAAGAAUCUCCUUCCACUCUAGCAGGUCUGCAACUUCUGGCUUGACAGUGAGAGAGUAAGGGACUUGCCUGAUGUCACCGGUCUCACUCUGUCGGCAGCAGGAUUUGAAUGGGUUCUUUCACUCUAAGCCUGCCCUCCAUCCACUCACUAAGCUGUGCUGCCUCUCACUGCACAUCUUUAGCUAGCAUCCUGGUCUCAGAUGCCCUAGAUGGAAAUUUGUCUGAGUAAAUGUCCUCCCACUGAUCGAGUCUGUUAAGCUUAGGGUUUUCCAGGUCACGUUUCUUUCUUAAAGUGGGGAAAGGUCAUGCAACAGUUCUAGUUCUUGCUCUAGUGUCUUCCCCAAGCCCUUUGGACCAGUUUACCAUGUAGCCCCCGAUGUGUCUGAGGGGGCUCGGGUGGGCAAAGACAAUGUUGAAGGGGAGAACUCUCAAUCCUUAGGACACAGAGCUGUGAGUGAUUUGAAGGCCUGUGGUGAGCCGGCCUGUUAGCCUCCUGAUAACUAGCGGGGUACCUACCUCAGAAGCCAGGGUCACACAAUGAAAGGCACUCAGGUAACUAGUGUCCCCAGCGUCCGCUAUGUAGAAGUCCCCCUGGCUGGCCUGCUCUCCCGUUUGCCAACCCGGCCUGAACUGAAGGUGAUUUUACAUCCCCGGCCAGACAUUUGGGGGAGCUUCUUUUAUAUGCUGGCAACAGGCAGUUUGUAAGUGGGGGAGAAAGGCUGGCAUCUUCAGCAGGGUUCCAUGGAUAGCAAGAGCUUCCUCCUUCCUGCUCCACAGGACCAGUUGUCUGACCGGGAGAAACUUUGUUUUAUUCUCCUAGUAACUCUGGAGCAGGCAUCCAUGUGUUCCAUUUGACGGAUGGGAAAACUAAGGUCUCGAAUAGUGAGCUGCCCAGGAGCACACAGCAGUUCGGUGUUGGGGGAGGGGGGAGAGAAGAAAGCAUUUCUAUAGUGUAGACUGUGUAACAGGCACUAUGCCAAGUUCUUUCUACAAAUAUUUUAUUUGAAGGAGAUGAGAGCAGUGGUAGUGGGGCUAGACAGUGAUUUGAUUUCCUGGGCGUGGGGAGAGGUUUAAGACAAUUCGCUCAUGCGUUUUUGAAGGCAGGAACACUUUCAGAGUCAUGGAAGCAAUGCCAUGAAACGAGCCUCGAUAAAAGAGCCCUGACUGGGAAACGAGAGACUUGGGCUAUAGACGUGGUUCCGGCACUCGUCAGCUAGGUGGCCGGGGACGAGGCACUUGGCAUCUGGGAACCUCGGCUCCCUCGGAUUUAUACUGAAGAUGAUGAUACAAGACUUCCUUGUCAGGGUUAUUGUAAGGAAAGUACUUGGCGCACAUUAGAGAGCACAGAAAUGUGAGCUAUUAAUUUUUCAAAUGAACAUUGUAAAUGGAAUGGGGGACGAGCAGGGGAGGUUCAAGCCCUGGGGGCCUGGGAAUCGAGAGGCUUGACUUUCCAUUUCUGACAUUGUGAAACCGUUUCCUGCCAGCCUGCCCCGAGGGGAAGGAAAUCCCUUUGGCUGGGCUGCUGAGCCAGAACUGGCUGGGUUUCUGCGGAGCGGGUGCCUCCAGGUGAAGAGAGCUCCGAGGACCUGCUCUGCUGCCCAGGUCUCCAUGGCUCCCAGAACCACUUGGCCCUGCUGCUGUUUCAUCCCUGUUGUGUCUACUCUUUAUGGACUUGGAGGCCAGACUCACUGGGCUGCAACUUCAAAAGCGCUCGGGAUCUAAAGAGCUGAGCACAAGAGUCCGCGACAAUGUUGGCAGGCAGCUGGGCCCAGUGAAGCCGGAAGCCCUGAGCAACCCAAUUGACCUGGCCCAGCAGACUGGGAAUUGUCACUGAGGUGCUGGCUUCUGCGAGUAAGGAGGACACUUCCUCCUUACGCUCUGCCACGUCGGAAAGUGAACUUGGUGGGGGAAAAGCUUUGUAGCAACUAUUUUAAACUUGAACCCACUUGCUCCAGAGGCCACAUAUGGUGCUAUAAAGAAGAGUGUGCCCCUGGUAGGAGGAUGUGUUUAUAUUUUUAUUUUUUCUCUAUUUUUUCAGUAAAUAUAUCUGUUGUAAAAGCUAAUUGAUGUUAAAUUAUAUUGGAUUGCUAAUCACUAGCUCAAUCGAUGACAGUUGACUAACUGGCAGUUGCUAUUGGGAAGAACACGGCUGAGUGGAGACCUGGGUCGAUAGCAUUAGAAAGACCCCUAGAAUCCCGAGAGAGAGAUGUGAACAGCAGCCUUGCCAGGGGGCCUGACUCAUUAAUUCAAGUGGGAGUUGGGAUACAUAUACAUGUAUAUAUAAGGUUACAUAUAUAAAAUGGGGGGGAGGGGGGUAAUAGACUAGGUGACAGCUAAAGUCCAUUUCAGUUCCAUCACUCCCUAGAUUUAAAUCUACCACCCAUGACUGAGGUGGAGAAUUGCCAUAGAAGGGGGAUUUAUUCUCAAACUUAGUUGGAAACCUGGAUUUAGAUUAUAAGAGGAUCUGACUCCAAAUUAAAGAGCUAGGGUGACCUCAGAAGUCAGCUCCUUUCAAAUCGUCGGAGGCUAAGACCAGUGUUAGGUUAAGUAGUGAUUGCCAGUAAUUAAACAUUCAUGAUAAAGGUGCAAACGUGUGCCUAAACUUUUAUUUCUUUAAGUUGUAUUUCAUAUAGAUAUCUCGCUUUAAAAAUGGUUUUUAGUACUAUUGAUUGUUAUACUAUAUUGUAUUAAUAAACAGUUCAUUUCCCUUAAAAAAAAAAA